CCAUAGGCAUCUAUUCCUCCAGAACUCCAGCCCUGGCAAGCACUGCAGCUCAAGAUGGAAGGCCCCUUCCUGACUCUCCAAACUAUACAGUUCCCCCUACCACUCCGGUGCCUUGCUCUUGUCCUCUAGUCUACUGAGGACUGUUGUAAAACCCAGAAGGCCCCCCACACUGCCCCCUUUCCGUGGCUCAUCAGUGUCCCACAGCAAAGCCCACACCUCUCAGUCAAGGAGACUGCAUGGACUCCACUGAGUUAGCCCUUACAGCUGAUAGAGGAGCUGCUCCCUGACUCCUAGGGCAAGUUCUUACAGAACACUCCUCACUCCUGCAACACCUUUACCUGUGCAACCGCUCCCAUGACCAGGCCCACCCUAAGGGCUUCUAUUUGGACGUGCUGAUCUGUGAAAGGGACAGCGGGGAGUGGGGGUCUCCCGAGUUUGCUAGGCUGAUGGAUCAUAGGGCUUAUGCAGAGAGAGAUGACAUGACACAUGUAUCCAGCAGACCUUUGCUGAGUGCCCCCUGAGGGCCAGCCCAAAGGCUAUGUGCUGGCAGGAGAUCGUGCCCUCAGAGAGAACAGUUGACUCCACUGGAGCUUCGGAACUGUUAGUCUACCAACCCCUGGGGAGGGUCUGCUCUGAACUGGACAUCCCUGGACCCCUGACUGUCUUCCCCCCUCCCCAAUAUUUUAUUAUGAAGAUUUUUAAACAUAGCAGCUGAAUUGCACUGAACACCUCUAUACCCACAAUCAACUUUACAGUUAUUAUUGUUAUAUUUGCUUGAUCACACUUCCAUCCCUCCAUUCCUCUGUUCAACCAUUAGCGUGUCUUUUUUUUUUUUUUUUUUUUUUGCGCAUCUUAUUUUUUUGAUGAGAGUCAAAAAAAUGACACUACUUAGAGUCAGUUGGUGCCCCACACCUCUAGGAGCCCAGCCAACUUACCUAUUGCAGCUUUGCACACGGGGCUGUCUUCUCUUCCUUAGUGCAGGCUCAGCCUAGAACUCUACAACAGCUGGGCUGUGGACACCAAGAACUUGCCCACAGGAACCCCAAGGCCUGGAAGCUGUCACCCUGGGACCCAUAACCCCCAUCCAGGGUCAGCCAGUCACCAAGUGCUCACACCUUACCCUCCUGUGUGCCAGGCCCCUACCAGGUGUCGUCUCCUCAAUAGGAGUGUGGGCUUUGGAGCCAGGUGAAGGUUUGGGUCCAAACGUACUAUGUGCUGAUGGAAGAGUCACCAUCUCUUUGGACAAACUGACUCCUGUUCCAAGUUGGUGAGAAAUCACUGAGAUGCUAUGAGAUUUGUGACCUGCCAGAACCCCUGUCCUGGCCGCAUGGCCCUGGCCCUCCACAGCACAGCUGGCACAGCUGGACAUUCCCUCCACCCAUCAGGAACACCCCUGGGUGCUGAGCAGGCUUCUCUGAGUCUGGUGCCCUGACAGCCCUAAGAAACUUCGCUGAUCCCAGCCACCAUGUAGUCCACACAGACCUAACUUAACCACAAGUCCUUGCUAUUUAACACUCAAUGCUUGGGAUGUUAGGUGGUUCAGGGAACCAAUUAGAGACCAGGCUUUGGGGGGUGGACAUGAGAGCCUCACACCUGGUCUCUGUCUGAUAAAGUCCAGGCCUGAAUCCAAGACCUUGACCUAGAGACCCUCCUCCUGACCAGAACAUGGGAGGGGGCUGAGCCCACACACCUGGCUUGGCCUCAGGCCUGGGACUUUUGCCCAAGGACGAGGAGAACCAUAAAAGUAGGCCCAGCUCUCAACCUCAUGCCUGCCACAAUGCUGCUGCUCAGUCUGACCCUUAGCCUGGUCUUCCUCGGCUCCUCCUGGGGCUGCGGAGUUCCUGCCAUCAAGCCACUACUGAGCUCCAGCCAGAGGAUUGUCAACGGGGAGAACGCAGUGCCAGGCUCCUGGCCCUGGCAGGUGUCCCUGCAGGACAGAAGUGGCUUCCACUUCUGCGGAGGUUCCCUCAUCAGCCAGUCCUGGGUGGUCACUGCUGCCCACUGCAAUGUCAGCCCUGGCCGCCACGUUGUUGUCCUGGGUGAGUACGACCGAUCAUCCGGUGCGGAGCCUUUGCAGGUUCUGUCCAUCUCAAAGGCCAUCACACACCCUUCCUGGAACCCCAACACCCUCAACAAUGACCUGACUCUACUGAAGCUCGCCGCCCCAGCCCAGUACACAAAACGCAUCUCACCAGUCUGCGUGGCCUCCUCCAAUGAGGCACUGCCUGCGGGCCUCAAGUGUGCCACCACUGGCUGGGGACGUCUCAGCGGCGUGGGCAAUACAACUCCAGCACGCCUGCAGCAGGUGGCCCUGCCCCUGGUCACCGUGAAUCAAUGCCGGCAGUACUGGGGCUCACGCAUCACUGACUCCAUGAUCUGUGCGGGCGGCGCAGGGGCCUCCUCGUGCCAGGGAGACUCCGGAGGCCCUCUGGUCUGCCAGAAGGGGAACACAUGGGUGCUUAUUGGCGUCGUCUCCUGGGGCACCAGCAACUGCAAUGUGCGCCAGCCUGCCAUAUACACUCGGGUUAGUAAGUUCAGCAACUGGAUCAACCAGGUCGUAGCCUCCAACUGAGCCGGCCACAGGUCCUCUCCCCAUCUCAAUCCAAUAAAGACCCCGUGCUCUGUC